UGCGGGGAGCAAAAGGUUAUUAUAACGUUUGCCCACCGAGUCUCCCAACGCUACGCACAGCCAAUGACACCCGUUCACCAGAUCAUAGGUAAUAGUUCUCAGGCUUAUACGGGGUCAGCCUACCCAUCCAUGCACAAAUAACCUCUGUCUCAUCGCAAUAAGGUGGUUCUAUUUACUUUGCUAGUCUCUGCGGCGUGAAACUAGCAGUAUCUGCGCUCUUCUUAUAUCGUCAACCUUCCCUGCCCCAAUCUUCAGCCUGCUUGCCCUAGUGGACUGAUUAGUGAUGCCUUCCUGAUUCCAUCAUCUUUCGUUCAGGGUGAAUCUUGCCCAGCGUCUCUCAGUAUCCUCCUCGCUAGGCGUGAUGACUUUUCGCAAGCGCUGGGCAUGGGUGUUUGGGGUUAUUGUCGUCCUUCUUACACUCACUACGCCCGUCAGCGCUCAUCACAAGAAGAAACCCGAUACGUUAGCCCCUCUGCCGGCUCCAAUACCGAGGCCGUCUGUAACUCCAGGACCGAGACCAAAGCCUCCGCCUGCGCCUGUGCCAAUCGUACCACCGGGCCCUAAGCCAAAGCCAACGGUAACUCCAACUGCGAUACCAAAAGCACCUCCGGCCCCGGUGCCCAUCGCACCGCCAGCGCCUAAACCGAAGCCGAAUCCACCAAAGGCAAAGCCUGAGUUCACCGAAGAGGAGAUUAACAAUGGAACGGCUCUGGCGAAACUGAAUAAGAGAGCCCUCGAAAAUGCGCGGAGUAUCAAUGUGCCACAGAAACAUCCAAUAUCCAACAUCACCACAAAUGGUACGAGGCUGUGUCAAGGAGAAGGGGUGUUGAUGAGAAAAGAAUGGUGAGGAACAAAAAUUUCCCCUCCUGCGUUCCCAGA